CUCUCUUUUCGUCCACCUUACGUCUCCUCCCGCACACAUCCCACACACACACACACACACAUACGGAAACUCAUUCACACGCAAACACUCUCAGACGUACGCACACCCAACCUCUCCUACUCCUGUUACUCCUCCAUCACAUCCUGUCCCAAUUUACCGAGACCUGGACCAGACACCGAACAUCCAUGACUCCAUACGGAUACUGACCUGCCCAUAGCCACAGAACCCUGCCCGGUUCCGCCUCACGCCUCACGGUCCUCACCUUAUCCUGGAACCAACAAGCACCACGCACACGUACACACACGAGACACACGACGACAAACACUACACGCCCGACCGACCCCAUCGUUGCUUACCCGUUUUCUAUCCCCAUUUGGUCGGUCCUCUUCCAGGGAUACAACUUGCGACGCUCCGCUUUGCUCUUUAGUCUCCAACAUGUCAUUGGAAGUAAUCUACAUCGCCCGCCAUGGAGUAAGUAUCCGUUUUCCCCUGCCCGUUUCUGUCCAGUCUCCUUUCGUAUCCGGCUUCAUCUCCGAAACCAACGUUCCAACAAGAACGAUCAUGGCUGAGAAGAUGAGGGCUUGGGGGAAAGUUUCACUCAUGAAGUCUUCUUCAACCUAUUCAUCGCCAAACCCACACACCCUGGUACUUGAUAAGGAUCCGCGGACAAUUCUCUUGAAGUUGUCAGUUGAUGCUAGCCCUGCUAGUUUUGAGCAAGAGACUUCAUUCUGACAACGGCCUUGGCGUUCUUCAGUUCCGGUCCAACUGGCUUGUCGACCCUGCCACGGGAAGCUACACGGCCUCCAUCCCGUCACCGACAGGUAUACCUGCGGAUCCGGAAUUGACUGCCCAUGGCGUCGACCAGGCCAAGGAGCUCGGCGCCCACCUCCUGACCGUUGAGCCUCCAAUCGACGCAGUUUAUUCCAGCCCCUACUAUCGCUGUCUGCAAACUAUCACGCCCUUUGUUACCCUCAACCAGGAAAACCUCAACCGCCUUCGGGAAAAAGACGUUGGCGCUAAAGCCGAUGCUGUCACCAUUCGUCCCGAACACGGCCUCUGCGAAUGGUAUGGCGCCGCUCCCUUCGAGCACCCGACUCCAGCCUCGACAGACGUCUUGAAGCCAAUGUUCCCUCACAUCGAUGACACGUAUCAGAGCCGCGUCUAUCCCGCCCGCAACGGUGAGACUAUCGCUCAAUUGCACGACCGUGUCGCUGCUGGUGUUCAAGCCAUCAUUGAGCAAUGCGACGCCCAGGGCCACCGUGCAGUUGUUCUGUGCUCCCACGCUGCCUCGAUUAUUGCUCUUGGCCGAGUCCUUACUGGCGAAAUGCCCGAGAGUAUUGAUGCGGAAGAUUUCCGAGCCUUCACCUGUGGAUUAAGCAUGUACCGGAGAAAAUCUCCCUCUUCUUCAGCAAAAACUCAAGGAACCCAUGGUAGGAUUCGAACCCCUACGUCAUCAUCAGGCUAUUGGGGCUCACGGUUGACAAUGGAACCAACAGGCCCAAUCGCGGAUACCAAGUCGUGGAGGAAUGGUCGGGGAGUCGCAGGCGGGUGGAUAUGUGAGCUCAACAGCGAUUGUAGCUUUCUGAGCGGAGGAGAAGAGAGGGGAUGGCGAUUCUCUGGCGACGAGUCCUUUUCCACGGCCGAAAACUCUUCGCAGGCCGACGCUGGAGUGGCGCUCGGCGUGGUGGUGGAAGGAAAAGUGAAACCUGACAAGGUCUCUCCCCACAGAGCUGCAGGUCAUCAUCGUCUCUAGGAAUUGGCUCAUUGGCGGCGUGCUUCGUCAUUUGCAUUGCAGUUUUUCUUCUGUUCAUUCUCAGAAUUCUCCAAAGGACAGUUCCUCGACGGGUCGCUCAGAAGGGUCGAAGGCUGCAACAAAGUUCUAGGUCCUCCAGCCUGACUAAAACCGAUCCGCACCAUCCGUCCUUGCGGCCGAUACACGAUGGCAGCUAAUGCCGGAUAGACUUGCCUAGCUGCUGCGGGAUGCAUCAUCUGCAUGUCUCUGGCACGGGCUGGGUGCCAUCAAAUCUGCGAGCCAGUCAGCGCAGCGGCUAGCCCCGAAUCCAUGACAGAAAGACCCCUGUCACUUUCAUCUUACAGCUGCCACACCAUUUCAUCGUUCCAUCUCUUCAACUACAACUGCUCACCCAUUGCUCUCCAUUGAAUGCCUUCAGCAUACGAAUUCGCGCCUGAAAUCUCGCCGUAAGCACAUGGCCCCUCCUAACCUUCACCGUCUGAUCUUUUCCAACCGAGAUCGGCCUCUUCAGCUGAAGAAAUUCAAUUUCGUAUCUGAGGCAGCCAUUGGUGCUCAAUGUCUAUCCCGUGUCAUGAGCACAUGCAAGACGCUUGACGUGCCUGUAUCUUGCGUCUCGUCUCGCCUCGCCUCGCCUUGCCUCGCCGCUGCCGUUCACUAACAGGUAAUCUGGUUUCGAUCCCUUGACAUCUUGGCUCCUGAAGGUUUGCGCGGGGUCUACUGGCGAGAGCUUGAAUAUCGGCUGAUUCCUUAUCACAGUGCAGCUCAACGUCGCGGAUCCGUGUCCGCUUCCGUACCCGCCACCUCCAGGCUACGCAGCCUCGCUCGCUCAUUGCUCGGUCCCUGCUUGGGCCCCGGGAAGUGGAUAUUCGCAUACAGAAUAAUAGCAAUAACGAAAUGAGUAUCAGAUCUGGUACGACGCUUUGCUGAAGAAAACUGACCUUGGCAGACCGUGCCGCAGGCAUACCUACAAAGCAAUCUCUCUAAAUUUGGCACAAUUGUUUUUCUGUCACGAUACGGUCAAAGGACGGACACGCAACAACAUCAAACGCCCGCUUGCUAUUGUCAAGCUCAGCUUUUCGGUCGAUUUCGAAUUACCAUUCUCCUACUACGUAGAAGGUUUAGUCUAGCGUCUGCGUGGGUUCCGAUCGGUGCCGGAUGCAUCUUCCGAAUCGCUCACCUAGUGUCCUUGCCGAGACCCUAGCAUCAUCUUCGGAUCUGGCUCGAGGUUGGCCUCCCUAGCGGUGUAGGUUCACACUAUUUGACUCAGCUGGUCAACGAGGAGCGUACCUGUUGAGUCUAGCAAGUACUUCGUACACGGGGCGUACUGCCAGUGGCCACGGCAACUCUCAACUCCUUCACAACACCAUCGAUUUCGCCAAGCUGCAGUUCUUGAGGAGCUCAUGAUCAUCUCGCAUAUGUCAAAAGAGCGGUGGACAAAGGCAGCUUUGCGUCAGCGCGAGAUAGGAGGGUCGGACAGGGCUCACCGUCCUUGUGAAGAGCUCGGUCAUGGACCAGGCCUCGAGGGUCUAUUGCCAUGUGUACGACUGGGGAUGGCGAUAUUGUUUAGUCCGCAUGUGCCUCUUGCAGGGAAAGGAAAGUACAGCCUUGGUUCGGCUGCAGAAGAGGUGAUGAUGGAGGGGUGUGUGACGUGCUUGAGAAUUGCUAAACUCUCAGGGUGUUACCAAGGCGGCAGACAAUGCUAACCAAGGAGAGGAUUCUUAAUCGGGCGGCAUGCUUCUGUCGAUCAUGGCCCAUAGGCAGCCGCGAGCUUGUCUGUUUCGGAAUUUCAAUGCGGGUAUUGGCCUGACGAGGUUGAUGGUCAGGUUCCAAAAGGAAACAGGAAAAUAACAACUGCGGGUAGCCACACGUCCGCAGGGCGAAUAGGUUGACGUGGUAUUAUUGUCAACAAAACACGCGCUGGGCUGGCAAAACCGUAUGCAAUGAACAGGAACGGGCAACCCAAAAUAUUUCGGCCGAAUAGCUCCACGGAGCUCCUCUCAUUAGCACCAGGGCUGAUACGGAUACUGGAGAGAAUGCAAAGGUUUCGACGGAUACACCGGGUACAACGGAUAAAGGUUGCUAACACAUAUUUCGUGGCUUACGUUCCGUUCACGAGGCUUCUUUGCUCGUUCUCAGCAAAUGAUUUACAUACAGG